UCAUUUCAUUUCAUACGGGCAGACCGUCCGUGCGUGCGACGGGUCCGCGCUAAACUCAUAUUACUUAGUUUUAUAUUAAAUAGUCACUAACAGAACAAAUAUGAGGGAAAUAGUGCACCUGCAAGCCGGACAAUGCGGUAACCAGAUUGGAGCCAAAUUCUGGGAGAUCAUAUCGGAGGAGCACGGCAUCGACCCGACUGGCGUGUACCGCGGCACCAGCGACCUUCAGCUCGAAAGAAUCUCCGUAUACUACAAUGAGGCCUCUGUUGCGACGGCGGAGAACGGGGGCAAGUACGUCCCCCGCGCCAUCCUGCUCGACCUCGAGCCCGGCACCAUGGACGCAGUCCGGUCCGGCGCAUACGGCCAGCUCUUCCGGCCGGACAACUUCGUGUUCGGACAGUCCGGCGCCGGCAACAACUGGGCCAAGGGGCACUACACCGAGGGCGCCGAGCUCGUCGACGCAGUACUCGAUGUAGUGCGCAAGGAGUGCGAGAACUGCGACUGCCUGCAGGGGUUCCAGCUGACGCACUCGCUCGGCGGCGGCACCGGCUCCGGCAUGGGCACGCUGCUCAUCUCCAAGAUCCGCGAGGAGUACCCCGACCGCAUCAUGAACACCUACUCCGUCGUGCCCUCGCCCAAGGUGUCCGACACCGUCGUGGAGCCCUACAACGCAGUGCUCUCUAUUCAUCAACUAGUCGAAAACACAGAUGAAACCUACUGCAUAGACAACGAAGCUCUCUACGACAUCUGCUACAGAACCCUCAAAGUGCCCAACCCCACGUACGGCGACCUGAACCACCUGGUGUCGCUGACCAUGUCCGGCGUGACGACGUGUCUGCGGUUCCCUGGCCAGCUGAAUGCGGAUCUCCGCAAGCUGGCUGUCAACAUGGUGCCGUUCCCACGUCUGCACUUUUUCAUGCCCGGCUUCGCUCCCCUGACAUCUCGCGGCAGCCAGCAGUACCGCGCCCUCACCGUGCCCGAGCUCACGCAGCAGAUGUUCGACGCCAAGAACAUGAUGGCGGCGUGCGACCCGCGCCACGGCCGCUACCUGACCGUGGCCGCCAUCUUCCGAGGCCGCAUGUCCAUGAAGGAGGUGGACGAGCAGAUGCUCUCUAUUCAGAACAAGAACAGCAGCUUCUUCGUCGAAUGGAUUCCCAACAAUGUUAAGACUGCCGUGUGUGACAUCCCGCCCAAGGGUCUGAAGAUGUCAUCCACAUUCAUUGGUAACACGACCGCCAUCCAAGAGCUAUUCAAGAGAAUAUCAGAGCAGUUCACCGCUAUGUUCAGGCGCAAGGCCUUCUUACAUUGGUACACUGGUGAGGGCAUGGACGAGAUGGAGUUCAAUGAAGCCGAGAGCAACGUGAACGACCUGGUGUCGGAGUACCAGCAGUACCAGGAGGCGACGGCAGAGGACGACACGGAGUUCGACCAGGAGGACAUGGAGGAGCUGGCGCAGGACGAGCACCACGACUAGGCGCCGUGCGGACACGCGCCGGGGGGACAGGCUCACUUCAUAAGCGCUCACAUUCAGCUAGGUCUCCUCUGUCUGACGCGUCAGGCAGGGAUUGAUACUUAGCUGAACCGAAGCACAUGCUAAGUGACUCGUGUGCAUCUCGGCAUAAGUCUUAGGAUAGCGUACUGUAAGGCUACCACCACACAGACCAUUAGAUCGUAUUUUUGCAAUAUAUUUUCCUUCGACUUAGUAAAAGUGUGCCCUACUCCUGUGUGGUGGUAGAUUGUAAGUUAUGUAAGGGCCAGACCCUCGCCGGACCAGUUUUAUACAACUUUUAUAUGUUUUCCAUUGGUAGAGGCUAAGUGGAGUGCAUUUAUUACCAAAGUGUCCGCGUGGACCAACGAACGUUUUCCGAAUUCUGUAUCGCACUGACCCGUCAACGGCAUUGACGUUUCACGUGCAAUAUCUAUGAUCUUAUAUAAAUUUUAUCAAAUGAUAGUAUUAUCCGAAGUCUGUUUUAAUUGAAUACUAAUAAGAUUAAGUGGAAACUGUAAGAAACCACAACGUACCAACUUGUGCAUUUCUUAGCUUAAGUUAUUUUCUUGUAUGCUUUUUAUUAUAAUAAUUUAUAAUAAAUGUUUUAAAUUAC